UCGCACCUCGUGGCGUGCCGGUGCCCGGCCCGCAGAGAGGAGCGCGGCCCGGAGCCGCCUCCGCUCCCGGAGCUCCCCGGUGUCGCGGGGCGGUCGGAGCGUUCCGGCCCGGUCGGUGUUUCCUAGGGGGAACACGGCGGGUAUCCGGUGCGGCGGCCCCGGCUGGCGGAAGUGACGGAGGGGUUUGUUGACAGCGGAGGCCGAAGCGGGGGGAGCGGGGCCCGAGGAGGACGCGGAGCCGGGGAGAGCCCGGGACCACCGCCGGCCCCAUCCGCCGCGCUGGGCGGGGCCUGGGCCCAGCUGCCCUGAUGUCCCUGUAAAUUCAUCCUGGAAUUUCAUUUGAGGAAAGGAUCUUCUGAAUCAAAAGCUUCCUUCUGUUUUCCCCUCCCCACUGCUUCCCUGAAGAUGGCAUCCGACAGCCCGGAGUCACUCAUGACCUUGUGCACAGAUUUCUGCCUUCGCAACUUGGAGGGGACUCUGUGCUACUUACUGGACAAUGAAACUCUCCGGCUCCAUCCUGACAUCUUCUUGCCAAGCGAGAUCUGUGACAAACUCGUCAACGAGUAUGUGGAAUUGGUGAAGACAGACAGCAUCUUUGAACCCCAUGAAAGCUUCUUCACCCUCUUCUCAGAUCCACGGAGCACCAGGCUAGCUCGGAUCCACUUGCGGGAGCAGAUCGUGCAGGACCAGGAUCUGGAGGCCAUCAGGAAGCAGGAUCUUGUUGAGCUCUACCUGACUAACUGCGAGAAGCUGACGGCCAAGAGUCUGCAAACUUUGGUGAGCUUCAGCCACACGCUUAUCUCCCUUAGCCUCUUUGGAUGCUGCAAUAUCUUCUAUGAGGAAGAGAACCCCGGAGGCUGUGAAGACGACUGCUUGGUGAACCCCACUCGCCAGGUUUUGGUCAAGGACUUCACUUUUGAAGGCUUUAGCCGCUUGCGCUUCCUGAAUCUGGGCCGCUUGAUUGAAGGGGUCAACGUAGAGACAUUGCUUCGGCCUUUGACCUCCCUUGCUGCUCUUGACCUCUCUGGGAUCCAGCUGAAUGAUGUGGGAUUUCUGACACAGUGGAAGGACAGUCUGGUUUCCUUAGUGCUUUACAACAUGGACCUUUCAGAGGAGCACAUCCAAGUGAUUGCACAGCUUCACAAGCUCAGACACUUGGAUAUCUCUCGAGACCAUCUGUCCAGUUACUAUAAAUUCAAGCUGACCCGUCGGGUUCUAAACCUGUUUGUGGAAAACUUGGUAAACCUGACCUCGCUCGAUAUCUCAGGGCACACUAUGCUGGAGAACUGCACUAUCCCAAACAUGGAAGAGAAGAUGGGCCAGACAAGCAUUGAGCCAGCAAAGAGCAGCAUUGCUCCCUUCCGGGGUUUGAAACGACCACUCCAAUUCCUGGGCCUUUUUGAAACAUCUCUCUGCCGCCUGACGCAUAUUCCAGCCUAUAAGGUGAGUGGAGACAAGAAUGAAGAGCAAGUUCUGAACGCUAUCGAGGCUUACACUGAACACCGGCCAGAAAUCACUUCUCGUGCCAUCAACCUCCUUUUUGACAUCGCCCGUAUCGAGCGUUGCAGCCAGCUGCUGCGAGCUCUCCAGCUGGUGAUCACAGCCCUCAAGUGCCACAAGGAUGACAAAAACAUCCAGGUGACAGGCAGUGCUGCACUGUUUUACCUGACCAACUCCGAGUACCGCAUGGAGCAGAGCAUAAAGCUGCGACGCCAGGUCAUCCAGGUGGUGCUGAAUGGCAUGGAGUCCUACCAGGAAGUCACAGUACAGCGGAACUGCUGCCUCACACUGUGCAACUUCAGCAUUCCUGAGGAGCUGGAGUUCCAGUACCGCCGAGUAAAUGAGCUGCUGCUGAACAUCCUCAACCAGAGCCGGCAGGAUGAGUCUAUCCAGCGCAUUGCCGUGCACCUCUGUAAUGCUCUGGUCUGCCAGGUGGACAACGAUCAUAAAGAAGCUGUGGGCAAGAUGGGUUUUGUCAUGACAAUGCUAAAAUUGAUUCAGAAGAAGCUGGCUGAUAAAACGUGUGAUCAGGUGAUGGAGUUCUCAUGGAGUGCUCUCUGGAACAUUACUGAUGAGACUCCUGACAACUGCGAGAUGUUCCUCAACUACAGUGGUAUGAAACUGUUCUUGGAGUGCUUGAAAGAGUUCCCAGAGAAACAGGAGCUGCACCGCAAUAUGUUGGGCCUCCUGGGCAAUGUGGCUGAGGUCAGGGAACUCCGUCCACAGCUCAUGACCUCCCAAUUCAUCAGUGUGUUCAGCAAUCUGCUAGAGAGCAAAGCAGAUGGGAUUGAGGUAUCCUAUAAUGCCUGUGGGGUGCUCUCCCAUAUCAUGUUUGAUGGUCCGGAGGCUUGGGGUAUUUGUGAGCCCCACCGAGAGGAAGUUGUAAAGAGGAUGUGGGCAGCCAUCCAGAGCUGGGAUAUCAACUCCAGAAGAAAUAUCAAUUACAGGUCAUUUGAACCAAUCCUUCGACUUCUUCCACAAGGGAUCUCUCCUGUCAGCCAGCACUGGGCUACCUGGGCACUCUAUAACUUGGUCUCUGUCUACCCUGACAAGUACUGCCCACUGCUGAUCAAAGAAGGUGGGAUUCCCCUUCUGAAGGACAUGAUUAAAAUGGCCUCAGCACGGCAAGAGACCAAGGAAAUGGCCUGGAAAGUUAUAGAGCACUGCAGUAACUUUAAGGAGGAGAACAUGGACACUUCCAGAUAGAGGCAAUCAUCUAAUGCCUCUUGCCAGCACUGUAUCCAGCUUCUCUCUAAUUCACUGUACAUAGUGAGGACUCUUUCUGACCAACUCGCCUGUUGGAAGGAAACUUUAUGUGUGUGUGUGAGACCCUCAGUAGAUGAAGGUGAACAGGGGAGGGAGGGAGGGACUUUUUGCACAACAAAACGCUUUCCUUAAAUUAGUGGACUUUUUCGUUAUGAAGUUUCAGAUUGAAGUUCUGUGUGUAUGAUUUCUGUAUAAAAAGAAAACAAAAAAAGACAAUUACAUUAUGUAUCUUUUAACCUUUUUUUUUUUUUUUAGACCAUACAGAGAGCCCCAAAUGAUCACGAGCUUGAAAACCCAGUUGUGUGAUCACUAGUGUGACAUUUUCCUUCCCACUUUUUAGAAAAUUCCCUUUUGCUGUAUUGCAUGAGGUCCUGCAAUGCAAGAACACCAGUCCUGAAUCAGCACUGGCCACUCAGUGGGUUUACAGGCAGAAGUGAGUUAGUUAUUUGCUCUGAAGGUUGGGGGACACAUUACCAAGAAGUCAGAGCAAAAGAACUGAACUUUUUGGUAAUGUUUUUAAGUAGAGGAAACGGGGAAAAGUUAUCUUUUAAGUCAAUUCAUUCUCUUAAGGGUUUUUUAUGGUAGACUCCUAUUAAUGGAAGCACUGCUAAAUAUAUGUGGUUCAUUUGGAAGUAAGAGGUUCCUGUUAAUGUCAGGAAUUCUGUUUUGUCCCCUUUGGCAGUUCUGUAGGAUCUGCCAGCCCACCUAGACUCAUGUGGUCAGGGAUGACCAGUAAAACCAGUUACACAUCCUUGGCAAUGCAGAGCUUUUCCCUCUAAGGGAGCCUGUGCAUAAAGGAACAAGGUUUGUUCACAAAGGGCUAUACAUCUUCAUACCAGUUUUUUCAACACCUUUUUAGUUUUGUUCUGCUUCAUGGAGAAGGGCUACAGAUGCCAGAAAAUGGCAUAAUAACCCCUACCAGGCCAUGGGCCACGUGUGCAAGUCCCAGUAAAUGACUGAAGCUGUUCUAUCCUUCUUCAGCCUGCACUCAGUAGUAAAGUAACCUCACUGCAGCACAGAUGCUGUCAUUUGAGGUGCUAACAUCUCCUUUAAGGCUGAGGAGUCUCUAGGAACCCUUUGGAAUACCAUCUCCUAAAACAGCACCUCUUGUUCCAUCCCAACAUCUUCCCCCUCUUCUGGCACUACUCUUAUCCUACUGCUAGCACUACCCAGUGCAGUCCCACUCCCAUCAGCAGAUUCACUCCAAUUUAUAUGGGUUAGGGGAGAGGAGAGUCCCCACUAAGCUGGUCGCAGAAUCAGAGAAUGGCCAAGGUUGGAAAGGACCUCAAGGAUCAUGAAUCUCCAACCCCCUGGUCUUCACCUGUAAAACCCCAGGCCUACAGAGUCUUAAAAAGGGCCAAAGGCUGCUUCACAGCCAGGCACUCAGCAUCACGUUGUGCAGUUCAUGCUCAGAGCCCCGCUUGCCACAGUGUUUUCAUAAUUCACAGCUCUUCCCUUAAAAGUGGUUUUGAAAAGAUUUUACAUCUGCAGUGAGAGGAAACCGUGGCCAUGUGUGUUAGGACACGUCAGGCCUCUGGGACAGCACAGUAACCAUUGCUGCUCUCUUCCCUCAUUUACAUUGCUUGCUGCUAUGACUGAGGUUCUUCUGAUGCUCAGAGUUAAUGCUGUCAUUACUGAGCAUUACAUUAUGGACAGAUCCUAGGGACACAAACUGACACUUUAAAUGACAGAACACAGCUGCCCUGGAGGGGUUUACUUUUUUCUGCCAACACGGUGUUACCCAAUGUCUUUUCUUCUCUCUUUUUAACCAUGUCAUGUUUUGAUAUUGUGAGAUCUGUACUUUUUCUUUAAGUAUUUUUCAAACUAUAUAUAUAUUUUUGUGUCACUUUUGAAUUGUUUUCAUACAGUUUGAAAAACUUGACAAAUUACACUUUUUUGUGGUUGUUUGAUUGAAAUGUAUUUUUCUCUCUUUUAUUCCUAAGAAUUUCUGUCCCUGCAAGCUUUGAGACAGAGAUGUUUGUUUCAUGGCCUUUUCUGUGUAAUGCUUGCUAAUCAUUCUCCUAGAUGCAAAACUAAGAGCACUGCAUAUAGUGCUGACCAGCCUCCACGCAUUGCAGGAGCCAGGCUUUGCUCACAUUAUUCUCUAUGCAGUGCUAUCCUUCUGAAGUUGUCUCAUGUGACGGUGCCAACCCACUAGAUUUUCUUCCUUUCUGAUGUCCACGCAGUGAAAACUUCCACCACUAAAAUCUUGAAUCAAGUGACAAGAAAACUCUAAUGAUUCUGACAGUGUUGGCAAGGUGGGAUUGGAGGAGAUGGGGAAACAUGGUGGAUACACUGUCAGAAACCUGUAUCCUCAGAACGCAGCUGCCCUGCAGGAGAGGCAGCUGGAGCACAUCUCAGCCUUGCACUUUAAUCAGGCUUUACUCUGAGAUUUUGACAAAACUGCUUCUAGGUUAAUGAACAAAUGGUGGCUUGGUUCCAUCAGCCUGAAGGACCCCAAAAGUUCAAAGCAGUCCCUCUGUAAGUUGAGCUGUUACUGAAGUCACGCCUGCUGCAGCUGCACUGUGGUAUCACAAACUAACAAACCUUUGUUUCAAAGCAAAGACAACUUCUCACUGCUCACGUAUCCUCGUGUACCUGAGUCCGAACCAGAAAAAGAUUUCUGAUUCCCAGGAAUGUGGAGAUUAAUGGAGUCAGGCCAGCCUGCCAGAAAGGUUUAGCUCUGUGAAUCUGCCAUUUAACCAUAGGGGGUGGGGGAAACUAUCUCUGGUCUAUCACAUAAAAUUACAUAGAAGAGCUAGCUACAUAGAAUCAUAGAAUCCUCAGAGUUGGAAGGGGCCUUUAAAGGCCAUCUAGCCCGACUCCCCUGCAAUGCACACUGCAGCUGGAUCUGAUCAGGUUGCCCAGGGCUUGAUCCAGCCUCACGUGGAAAGUCUCCAGAGAUGGAGCAUCAACCACAACACAACACUAGGUAACCUGUUCCAGUGCCUCGCCACCCUCACUGUAGAAGACUUUUUUCCUUAUAUCCAACCUAAACCUACCCUCCCUGAGCAUGAAAUGGCCAGUUUAGAAAAGAACUGUCCCAUGUCAAACCCCAUACUGCAGAGGAAGGAGGCUUCAGUUUCACACUCAAGAUUAUAGAAACCAAUCCCAUCUAAAAAACUAUAACAGGGUUUCCAAAUGUAAGGUGAAAAUACAGCUGGAAAGAAGCUCACAGUCUGAUCAAGUAUGGCAGAGGGACUCCUUUUGCUUUGCAGUUGUUGUCUCAUUCACACUCUCACUCAUGUUUUUAGGUUCACAUUUCCCUUAAUACUCAAAAGCUGGGCAGGCAGAACAUGAACCAACUCAGCAAUUCUCUGCAGAGACUGUUCCAACAAAGGAACCCUCUACCUCCAGUGCAAGUAGUUUCCUUUCUGGCUGGAAAAUGCCUCAUGGCUCAGUGACCCAAUGAUGCAGCAGUCCUCGGGUGUCAGGUGUCUGCCAUUUUCCCUGGAAUAGACAUGACAACAAGUUGGUGGGCAGCUUUCCACAGGUGCUUCCAUUUGACAAGAUCCGUGGGAGGAACUGCUUAUACAGAUUGGCAUCUGUGUGCAUGAUGCUUAACGUGUAGCAGCACCAGACUUUCCCACUGAGACCAUGCUGAGAAAGUUUAGCACUCAUACUUGUGGCAAUUAUUAACAAUGCAAAUAAUUAAUCUGGCCCUUCUGCAUCAUAGCUGUUCUCGCCCUGCACCUCUCUGCUAGCUCAGAUAUUAUCUGUUCAGCACUGAAUCCUACCCAGCCUCCUGUUUGAGUUGCUUUGGUCUCUGCAAAAGAUGAGGGGAAGAAAAGCCUUAGAGCUGUGAGCUUAUUCUAUUCAUCACUUGAAGAAGAUGAUGAAUUUUCGGGGCAGCAGAGGAAGGGCACUGCAUUCAGGCACUACUCCACAAGAAAAGAUUUCUUGAGGCUGUUUAGGAAGAAGACUGCCACAGAUGGGGUGCAGGGGGUGGCAUGCACUGGAAAAAAAGACAAUAAAAAUUAGGGGAAACAGCUGAUCUCCACAACAACCAUCUGUACAAAGCAAAGAGGGUAACGGUUGUCAGGGAUGGAUGAAAAGAUGGUACUUAAGAACAGGAAUUAGGGAGAUUUCCUGCUUCACUGAAACAUUUCUGCUCUAACAGACUAUUUUGGCUUCAGAUAAUUGUCACUGAUUCUUUCUGUAAUUCC